AUGAAAUUCUAUACCGUCAAAAAUCUAUUCAUCACUGCUGGCCCUGUUAUCUCUGAUCCUAGCAUGUAUCGCCACCUCAUUGGAAGACUCAUAUAUUUGUGCUUCACCAGACCUGACCUCGCCUAUAGUGUUCAUGUUUUGUUUCAGUUUAUGCAGAACCCACGUACAGAACAUUGGCACGCCGCUUUACGGGUUGUUCGGUAUCUGAAGGGACAUCCGGGGCAGGGCAUACUUCUACCUAAAGAAAAUGAUUUGCAACUCUAUGGCUGGUGUGAUUUUGAUUGGGCUGGCUAUCCGCUAAUGUGCCGAUCUCUUACAGGGUGGUUCAUUCAAUUCGGUACUGCCCCUAUCUCGUGGAAAAUACAGAAACAACAAACGGUCUCCGCCUCUUCUGCUGAAGCUGAGUACCGCUCAAUGGCCAAGACAACCAGGAAAUUAAUAUGGAUAAAUGAUAUACUGUCCUCGCUGCACGUGUCGCAUCCUGCUUCCAUUCGCUUAUACUGCGAUAGUCAAGCAGCGCUUCACAUUGCUAAAAAUUCAGUCUUCCACAAACGUACCAAACACUUCGAAGUUGACUGUCAUUUUAUCUGGGAUGAAAUCAUACACAAUCGACUAUUAUCUUCUUACAUUCCUACUCAUCUCCAACUAGCUGAUAUUUUCACCAAGGCUCUCGGGACAAAACAGUUUGGGAAACUCUUAGUCAAAUUGGGCAUUCAAAAUUUACACGCGCCAAUUUGGGGGGGGGGGUAA